CAUGCUGUUUAGUUUUCUAUGAGCAUGGUUGCGGAGAAAUUUGCAAGUCUCGAAUUCUUUGCUUUUUUUUAAGCACUGUGGAUUAAGAUCACAAUAGUAAUACGUUGGUUGCAUUUUGCAUUAAUUUUCUUACAUUUGUUGAGAUUUCAGUUUGCGACUGCUAUUAACAUGCGACGAGUCAGACUAAAAGUAGCACCCAAUUUGGUGUCGGGUCCCCGGUCGUCAAAACUUGCAAUUACAAACGUUGUUAAUGAUCCGAAUAAUAAAGAACCAACUCCCAGCGUUGAUGAGCCAGUUGCUGUCCAAGACUUACCACCACCACCAAGUUCUCUAACUGUAGAAGCUAAAAAGGUUGAUAACUCAUUAUCUUGUGCAGCAGUCUUACCUCCUCCUGCCAAACCUGUAAUGACCACAGAACCACCCAUCCAAGAAGUCACAUCUCAUUGUAUAGAUAAAGAGAAUGUGAUCACAGGGGAAUCUGAUGAGGUGUCAAGUGAAAAUCUAGUCAAUUCCUCAGCUAAUGAGCCAAACAGCAGUGCAUCUUCUUUGUCUCGCUACAAGUCCAGAAACAAAAUUCGGCCAGUCAUUUCAAAUGCAACUCAUCGUAUCAGAACCUUCUCUAGUGCUAGUGAGUCUGAGGAUGAUGUAGCAAAGAGGCAAUCUAGAACACCACUUUCUCCUGUAAAGAAAUCACCUGCCAAAAUAGAUAAUGUUGAAGCAACACCCUUACCAACAAAAACUGUGACAGAGAAGGAGAAAAAAGAAAAGAAGAAACGUAAAGAGAAGACUCCUCUUGAGAUGAAAAAAGCAACUAUGAGACAGAAGUUUGCCAAAGGAGAUGUGGACAGAUCUAAGCUGACUAUGUUUGAUUUAAUUUACUACAAUCCAGAUGAUGGAGAGAGACCGCCAAACGCGACAGAAAAAUUGCAAAUGCGACUCAAACCGUACGAGGUCGAAGCACUUUCACAAGAAAACCAAGCUGAGAGAGAAGAAAGCACUGGCAACGUGAUUUUGGAUGAGAGAUUAGCAGAAGAAGAAGAAAUGCGUCAGAAUGAAGAAAAUCCACAGAGCGAGAUAAACGAAGAAGACAAACAGCCGGAAGAGUCAGAGGAGGAUAAACAGAUAGCGGAAGUGGAGGAGGGGGAAGAAGAAGAAGAGGAAGAUGCCAUGCCCGUCCCACAAGUUCGCUUGGGACCGGAUGGUGAAAUUAUAUUGGACGAGCGAAGCUUGGUAAUUGACACCAGUGAAACUAAACGAAACAAAAGUCAGCUGGCGAAUGCCCCCAUCAUAAUUGAAAAUUCUUCUACAACUGUGAAUUACGGCUCGUGGCGCAAGAGACCCCGUGCUGGUCGUUGGAGUGUGAAAGAAACGGCUCGCUUCUAUAGAGCGUUAAAUAUGCUGGGCACAAAUUUUUCAUUGAUGGUGAAGCUCUUUCCUGGCCGUGAUCGCAUUGAUCUGAAGAGGAAGUUUAAAUCUGAAGAGAAAACGAACCCUUCUUUAGUAGAUAAAAUUAUCGCCACCCAGAUACCGUUUGAUAUUUCCCAGUUUAUGGAUGAAGAAGUAGAUGAAGAUUCAAGUGGUAAUGAAAGUACAAGCAAAGAACCAUCAAAGAAAAAAACUGCUGGCAAAGCUUCCAACACCCGCAAAUCAUCUAAGACGACCAGCAAGGAACCUAAGAUGAAGAGGAAAGAGAAAGCCGUGAAAAAGGUGCAUAUCCAAGAACCAGUAAAUGAUGAUGAAUGUGAUUCCGAUGAAGCGUUAGGCGAACCUCUAGAAUCUCCUACUGAAAAAAUACCAAGCGAAAAUUCAGAAGAAGAAGUGGAACCCCCUACAAAAAAAGGACGGAAAUUGCGAGUUGCCGAAUCUGAGUCUUCUGUCGGAGCUAGGAAACCUGCAAGGUCUCGAAUCGGCAAAAGAAAAGGAACGGAACCUGCCUCGCAAUGUGAUUCCGAAGGCGAUUGUCCAACAAGUGAAAACGCGAUCGCCAUACAGCCAACUGGUCCAAAGAAGAAUGCUCAUAUAACUUCUCCUUUCAAUAACCCGCUUGACAACUUAUUGAAUUCUCCCCUUGGACAAAUUGGUUUAGAGCAAGGUGGGUUAACUGUCGUUGAAAAUCCUAGAGCGUCUAAACAGACGCCUUCUUUUCUAGUCCCACCUGCUUUGGCUGAAGCUAAUCCAGCCUUUGCUCAAGCCGAACCUGGUAGCUUAGUUUUGGUGUCGGAACCUAACACCGGAGAUCCAAAUAAUCAAUUAGUUCAUGUCUACCGUAUUUCGGUACCCGUUGAGCCAGUACCAUUGUGAAUAUUUUUGUAAUGCUUAACCGGUUAGCUUCGCUUUUUGGUAUUUAUGUAUGUUUGUUGCCACCUGAAGUUUAUUUUCUUCAUGCUAUCAGUUAUUAGGCCAUUAUGUAAGGUAACAGCGUAUAUUUAUACAUGGUUGUUAAUUUAAAAUGUUCAGUAGGUACAUUCCACGGAAAAGUAAGAAAGAAGUGCUUGAAUCAGUUGUAAUGAGACAAAAUAUUACAAGAAACUCAGAAUGCUG